UCAUACAUCUAACUAUGUCUGCUGGAGGUGAUCUUGGGGCAUAUCAUGACAGCAUGUAUGAGAAUGGCAUUCGCCUUCACUAGCUGAGGACUUCUUAUCUUAUAAAGGGUUGACCCAUAACCGCGUCGAUCACGACUUUGAAAGCAUUCACACCCGACUGUUUACCCGUGAUACAUCAUGGCUGCCACUGCUCCACUUUUGAUGCGGAUAAUUUCAUCCUCAGUCGCUGUAUCAAAGCGUGCAGGAACAGUUAUUAGAAAUGUACUCAGAAAAGGAGAUUUGGGGAUCGUCGAGAAGGGCAAGAAUGACCUGCAGACUGAAGCAGACAGGUCUGCCCAGCGGUGUAUCAUUGCAUCACUGCACAGACAGUUCCCUAAAGUGGCCAUCUUUGGAGAAGAGCAACUAGAUCCAACAGAGAAGAUUGAAGAUGACUUCCUUGAGUCAGACAUGGACGAAGAGGUCCUCAAGAUGACGUGUCCUGAAAACCUGUCCAAUGUCCAGGAUGAUGAUAUCGUCAUAUGGGUAGACCCAUUGGAUGGAACAUCAGAAUUUACAAUAGGUCUGCUGGAUCAUGUGACAGUGUUGAUUGGUGUGGCAGUGAAGGGCAAGGCCGUUGGAGGAGUUAUAUAUCAACCGUAUUACAAUUACCAGCUGGAGGAUGAGAACAACAUGGGGCGAUGUAUAUGGGGAAUUAUUGGUCUAGGAGCUUAUGGCUUUGGAAAACAGAUGCCGACAAAAGAUCAAAACAUCAUAACUACAACUAGGUCACACUCCACUAGAACUGUGACUGAGGCAGUAGAAGCAGUUGAGCCAACAGAAGUGGUGCGGGUAGGAGGGGCAGGGCACAAGGUGCUGCUUCUGAUUGAAGGGAAAGUUCAUGCAUAUGUGUUCGCCAGCAAGGGCUGUAAGAAGUGGGACACAUGUGCCCCAGAAGCUGUGCUUCACGCGAUAGGAGGAACCCUGUCAGAUAUGUUGGGAAAUCCCAUCUUGUACCACCGGGAUGUUCCAAGGAAGAACUCAGAGGGGGUUCUGGCAACAUUAGCCAAUCAUGAGUGGUAUCUCAACAAAAUCCCUGAGGACAUUAAACAAGAGUUCCGACCAGAACCCUCUGCCAGUGGUGACGGUGGAAGCAAGAAUUAAAACAUAUACAAACACUUCAUAGGCUAUUAUUCUAUUAGACAGCAGUGUCUUUUAAGCAUGCUGUAGAAAUCCUAGAAACAAGAUGUACUUGUAAAAAUCAAAAUGGUGGCGGUAGGAUUAAGAUAUUUCAAACUGAAAAUGGUCCCCUUUGUUUUUUAAUGGUGCUUAUGAUCAGAAUUUGAAUAUGUUAAUUGUUGAGAAAGUAUCCAUCAGUGUUGUGAUACCUGUGAAUUUUUUGUAAGAUGAAAAUGUCAGGACGUUAUUUUGUGUUAUAGUCUUAGGUCGUCUUUCGAUUGCUAAUUUGUGAGUAUGCUGACAUAUAACUCACUUGCUAAAACAACUAUGGCAACAUCAUUCAUCACCUGUGUCUGGAACAGGAUAUCUUUAUGAAUUUACAAUACAAUGAUGGGUAGAAUGUAGAACAUCAGCCAUAUAUGGGGUGACUGGCCCCCUGGUAACAAUGUUGGCUUGCCCUUAUGGCAGACAAGAUUUUUGUGAAGAGACAUCGUUCAUCUGGGGUUCCUAUCUGUUAUAUUUGUCAAGGAUGCUAACAGAGCAUAAAGCAUUUUUAGAGAUAAAGUUAAUAUUUUACAUGUUGUCUUUUUAGAUGUGUAUAGAAAGUGAUAUUCGGUAGAUUGUUGCCUUAGCUAAGUCCUUGUUGACGGAUGUGUGGAUAUCACAUGAGAAGGUUUAUAACCCAGUUAUUGGUUAUAAUCAUAGUGUUUGUUAAGCAGAAUUUUUAUAUUGGUACUAGGUAUGACAAUCAGAAUUAUACUGUACCUGAUUUAGCUGCACAAAAUACUUGGUUCUUUGUUACUUCUGUUGCUGGGCAGUCUCAGAAAGAUUAUUAGAACGGAUGAGGUAAAAGGUACUAGUGCUAUAUAAUCAUAUACCAGCUUUUGUAAAUGUUUUGAGUUUUAUGUUGUUAACUUUGCCUUCUUAGAUGUGCAAAGAUUAAAAAAGAUUUCAUAUUUAGAUAAAUAUUUUCUAUCUAUAUGCAAUACUCUUGUAAUGAAGAUGGAGACAAACUAUAAAGUGUAUCUCUCAGUAAAUCAUUUGAAGGGAUGCCACAUGAUGAAAUACUCCAGAGAUUUGUGAAUUUCAUGCAGAGGAGAUUUUGUUUGUUUGAGAGAAUUGGCUAUUUUAGUACUGCACAGCUGUGGAAGUCAGGAAGUCUGAAGAUGGAUUCACAAACUAGUCUCUAAGUUCUUGGAUGUUGAUUUGAUAGAUUAAGUUUUAUCAAGUAGUAUUAUAUUAAUUGUUAAUUUUGUGUAUAUAUAUAUAUUUUUAGACAAACCUUUCUUUCUGCUUUGCCAGUCAUCACUAGUGUAGUGUUUAAUUACAGGCAAGUAGACAUUGCAUUGUGACUGAUCGGUUAUACUGAGGGGACAGGCUCUGACACCAAACAUCCAGUUUCAGAUGGCCUCAUGGGAAAACAUAUUUUACAUUUUACAGUGUUGAUAAAGUAACUUUACUUGGAACUCACUGCAUUAGUCAGACAUUCCCAGUGUUUUUAAAUUUCAGCUGAUCAAGUACUUAAUGAAAGCUUCAAACCUGAGAGGCAUUAUUAAUAAAUUUCCAUAGAGCAAUCUCUCUUGACAUGAACUCUCACAGUAGUGAGUCAGACAUGACAUCACCCAGGUAUGCUAUGACAUCACUAGACAAUAAAUGACAUCAGAAGCUUUCAUGAUAACUGACCCACCUGGUUAGGUGAAGGUAAAGGUUCUCUUUGAUUGGACAGUUUUGUUUGGAUUUUAUUUAGGAAUGUUUUACUUAGUGAUACAUUAAGCUUAAGUAAUUGUAACAACCAUUAUCAAGGACAAAACUAAGUUUUCAUCUAUAUUUCUAGUAAACAUAAUGAGCUGAAAGCAGUUUAGAAUCGACUGGGACUGAUUGUAUGAGGGAGACUGCACCCAUCAUGCCUGACCCCUCAGGUAAAUGUAACACUGGGCAUAUGCGAUAACCUCACCAUAGAACAUCACUGCCUAAGUAUAUCUCACCCUAGUGCUAUAACCCAUACUGUUGCUUGUUUAUCCCAUAUGAUUGUCUCAAGUAGAUGUAUGUUCAUUUGUUCUAUAAUGUCAGUUAUAU